GGUAAGGAGAGGCGGAAGGGGUGGCGCUUGGUUCAAAUCUUGCCUGCAGGGCGGACGGACAGACGGCGUUUCGGGCUGCGGAGAGAAACGAGCCUUUUCUCCCGCGUUGGGAAGGUUCGUCAAGACCGAGGCAGAUUGCAAAGUUCACCAGUGGAAUUCCAAAGGAGAUUUAAAGGUGGUGUUGGUUGUAGUGAUCACACUCCUGGAGAGGCACGUGGUGGUGGAUUUCUAGAUCUUCAAAACUUUGGGGAAGCAAGAGAUGGCCAAUCCUUUGAAACAAGUUUUUAACAAGGAUCGGACCUUCCGGCCUAAACGGAAAUUUGAACCUGGGACACAGCGCUUUGAGCUUCACAAAAAGGCCCAGGCCUCCCUGAAUGCUGGGCUGGAUUUAAAGCUGGCUGUGCAGCUCCCUCACGAUGAGGAGCUGAACGAUUGGGUAGCUGUUCACGUGGUGGACUUCUUCAACCGCAUCAACCUCAUCUAUGGGACAAUCAGUGAUUAUUGCACGGAAAAAUCCUGCCCCGUCAUGUCUGGCGGUCCAAAGUACGAGUAUCGGUGGCAGGAUGAGAAAUAUCGUAAGCCCACUGCCCUCUCCGCGCCUAAAUACAUGAACCUUCUCAUGGAUUGGAUUGAAGUGCAGAUCAACAACGAGGAUCUCUUCCCUACGAACGUUGGUACUCCAUUUCCUAAGAACUUCCUCCAGGUUGUGAAAAAGAUCCUCUCUCGUCUCUUCCGCGUCUUUGUCCAUGUCUACAUCCACCACUUUGACCGUAUCGCCCAGAUGGGCUCAGAAGCCCACGUGAAUACAUGCUACAAGCACUUCUACUACUUUGUAAAAGAGUUCAAUCUCAUAGACAACAAGGAAUUGGAGCCUCUGGACAUGACUUCGCGGAUGUGCCACUGACAUCUUGGGAAUUGGUCUGCCAUCUUUCAAGCCAAAUGCCCUCCGGAUUGGAGAUCAUUCCUGCCCAACACCACACAGAAGACCUUAAGAUCCAGAGGGACUUCCAUUUUAUACAUCUUUUUAUUUUUUUAUUUUUUUUAAAAGAGCUUUCAGAAGCUCUUCUAAUGAAUUUUUUUGUAAAAUCACACGAUUGUUGGAUGAUUGAAAUAUGUAUGUUUGUUUAAGAAGGAAAGGACCACUGGGAAAUGUAAGGCAUCCUUUAAAUCUCCAUGUCUUUCUUCUCACAUCGUAUAACGGUGGGGGGUGGGGGGCUGAUUUGGAAGUGUUAUUUUGAGGUUUCCUGCCAAAAUCACACCUGGACUUCAGAAGACAACUUCUAUUGCAUCAAGGGAGUGACUGACUUAAAUGAGGAGAAAUCCACAGACACCUAUAAGUAGUUUAGGAGUUUGCUUAGGCCAUUAUUUGGAAUCACCUGUGUUGCAAAAAAAAUAAAAAAUAAAGUUUUAGCACUUCUU